AUGGCUGCUCUACCUCCCUUGUGAUGAAAUUCCAGGCAGGAAGAGCAAGGGGCAAACAAGUGAGCCAGCCGAGGUGGCGGGUCCAGAGACUUCGCCUUACACUAUAUUUGUUGAAACUGUGUCAUGCGGCCAUGCCUAGCUGCAAGAGAGAUGGGAUCUCACUCUGUUGCCCAGCCUGGGGCAAUCACGGCUAACUGCAGCCUUGGACUCCCAGGCUCAAGAGAUCCUCCCGUCCCAGCCUCCCAAGUAGCUGGGACUACAGGCGCCACCACGCCCAGCUAAGGAAGUUUACAGUCUCCAUGGAGAGACAAAAAUAACAUUUUAGGAGCAACGAAGAAGAAAUCAAUGCAUCAGGUGCUCCGAAUCUCUGUAGCCGAUGAGGCCCAGGUACAGAAGGUGAAGGAGCUGGAGGACCUGGAGCACCUGCAGCUGGACUUCUGGCGGGGCCCUGCCCACCCUGGCUCCCCCAUCGAUGUUCGAGUGCCCUUCCCCAGCAUCCAGGCGGUCAAGAUCUUUCUGGAGUCCCACGACAUCAGCUAUGAGACCAUGAUCGAGGACGUGCAGUCACUGCUGGAGGAGGAGCAGGAGCAGAUGUUCGCCUUCCAGUCCCGGGCGCGCUCCACCGACACCUUUAACUACGCCACCUACCACACCCUAGAGGAGAUCUAUGACUUCCUGGACCUGCUGGUGGCAGAGAACCCGCACCUUGUCAGCAAGAUCCAGAUUGGCAACACCUAUGAAGGGCGUCCCAUUUACGUGCUGAAGUUCAGCACGGGGGGCAGUAAGCGUCCAGCCAUCUGGAUCGACACGGGCAUCCAUUCCCGGGAGUGGGUCACCCAGGCCAGUGGGGUCUGGUUUGCAAAGAAGAUCACUCAAGACUACGGGCAGGAUGCAGCUUUCACCGCCAUUCUCGACACCUUGGACAUCUUCCUGGAGAUCGUCACCAACCCUGAUGGCUUUGCCUUCACGCACAGCACGAAUCGCAUGUGGCGCAAGACUCGGUCCCACACAGCAGGCUCCCUCUGUAUUGGCGUGGACCCCAACAGGAACUGGGACGCCGGCUUUGGGUUGUCCGGAGCCAGCAGUAACCCCUGCUCGGAGACUUACCAUGGCAAGUUUGCCAAUUCCGAAGUGGAGGUCAAGUCCAUUGUAGACUUUGUGAAGGACCAUGGGAACAUCAAGGCCUUCAUCUCCAUCCACAGCUACUCCCAGCUCCUCAUGUAUCCCUAUGGCUACAAAACAGAACCAGUCCCUGACCAGGAUGAGCUGGAUCAGCUUUCCAAGGCUGCUGUGACAGCCCUGACCUCUCUCUACGGGACCAAGUUCAAUUAUGGCAGCAUCAUCAAGGCAAUUUAUCAAGCCAGUGGAAGCACUAUUGACUGGACCUACAGCCAGGGCAUCAAGUACUCCUUCACCUUCGAGCUCCGGGACACUGGGCGCUAUGGCUUCCUGCUGCCAGCCUCCCAGAUCAUCCCCACGGCCAAGGAGACGUGGCUGGCGCUUCUGACCAUCAUGGAGCACACCCUGAAUCACCCCUACUGAGCUGACCCUUUGACACCCUUCUUGUCCUCCUCUCUGGCCCCAUCCAGGCAACCAAAUAAAGUUUGAGUGUACCAGGAACAGAAUCCUGGGGCUUGCA